ACAAGGUGUGAUAUUCUGUCAAGACCGACUGUGACCACCAGUGCAGUCGGCAACAUGGAGUCCACCACCCACUUCCGAACACAGAGAGGACGCGCAAACGGUGCCCACCAUGACAACGUUGGAACAGGACGAAGAGCGCACCAUAAAAACAAGCAUUGGGUCGCGGACAAUGCCACCAGCAGAAGUAGCACACCUCAUGGAGGCGCUGACACCGAGCGAUGGGAGCGUGGAGGGCACAGAGGAAGUCGGGGUCGAGGAAGAGGCACCCGUGGCAAAUUUCAUAAUACUACAAUGAAUUUCCGUCAAGGAGGCGCUCUAGAUACUGGGUCAGCUGCUGCCAGCGAAGGGGACAAUAGCGAAGUGGAGGAUGCCACUGAUGUAGAUGAAGCCGAACACCAAGAGCCAGAUACUCUCGAGGAAAGGGAACGAUUCUGGAAAGAGCUUGUGAAAGCGCGCGAAGUCGAGCGCAAGACAGCCAUUGCAGAGGGCAAAAUGGACGAUCCCAAUGUGCCAAAACGACUGGAAGAUGCUAUCACAAUGGUCGGCACAUGCAUGGAUAUGUGCCCGAGAUUCGAACGCUACCGCCGUGAACGCGAGAACAACCUCUUUGAGUGGGAAAUUGUUCCAGGGACCAAACGCGUCGAUCACAAGAGAGCUGUCAAAAUGUAUGAACGGGCAGCUGGUGACAAGACGCUACCCUCCGAUCUUCGUCCUCCAAAAGUUCUUCGGCGCACACUCGACUAUCUUUUCCACGACCUGCUUCCCCGAGGCGGUUUUUCUGCAACCUUCAAUUUCAUUCGUGAUCGUUCGCGUGCUGUACGAAGUGACUUUACGAUGCAGCAUGAAAUGGGUUCCAUCGCAAUUGAGUGCCAUGAUAGAUGUGCACGGUUUCACAUCCUUGGUCUUCAUCUGGAGCGCGACCGACCCGGAUCCCAGGUCAGUCUGGAGGAACAGCAGCUGAAGUACACUCUUCAAAGUCUGAAGGAGUUUUACGAGGACCAGCGAGGAAAAUAUCAAUCACCAACAGAGCUCGAAAUGCGAGUCUAUCAUCGUCUGAUCCAUAUUCGUGAUCAAAAAGAGCGGCAUGAGGAUAUCCCUUCCUUUAUCCUCGAGCAUUCGGUAUUCAAGCUCACGACCAAAUUCCGGCUCCUCGUACAGGCGAAGAGUGCCCCCAUCAGCAGAAGCUCUCCUCUUUCCGUUGAUAACGAGGCGCUUUGGGUCUUCAACGAAUUGAUCAUAGUGCUCCAGGGGGAAGGAAACUACGCCAUGAUAUAUCUGGUCGCAUGCAUCAUAGAGCACUUAUUUGGCACCGACACCGUCGACGAUAUUGAAAGCCUGCGGGAAAAUCUCACCAUUUCGGAUAUCAUCGAUGGCAGCUCUGCUGUCGUAGAUGAGCAUUAUGACGCUGUUGUCGAUGAACCAGACGUUAUGCACGAAGAACCAGACGCUAUGCACGAAGAAGAGGAGCCACCCUUCGAGGCUAACUUGGUGGAUGUGCCACAAUCUUCCCCGAAGCCCCCGCAGCGAAGCGGAACCGAGUGGCUUAAUGAUACAUUUGGUCCAAAACCCACUGAAUCAGCAUUCUUGAACGCUUCUCAACCUGCACCACAAUCACCAAAGUCUGCGUUUUCAAAUCUGACUUCCGUUCCCAAUGUAUUCGGGACGACGACAUUCCAGACAUCAGCAUUCGGGUCCACGAACGAGUUUAGUUUUGGCACAGCUGCCGUCCCUACAUCAGUAUUUGGAUCCUCUGCAACUAGGACCUCUAUCUUUAGCCAAGCACCCUCUUCGGGCCAACCUCCAGUUUUUGAUCAACCUCCACCUCCGAUCCCAACAGCGCCCAGCGAGAACAAGGUUCAGAUUCCAUUUACAGUGCCACCAGCGCCUCCUCCCCCUACCUUUAGUAAACCAUUACCCCCUUCCCCAAAACUUUCUUCGGUACCCGAAGUCAACAAGGCUGCGUCAUCUAUACAACCUCUUAAUCCUCGUGCACCAGUAUUUGCUCCAUCGCUUUCUCCGAUUGUUACACAACCUACACCCUCAUACCAACCUCCAGUUCCUCCGUCUCCCGUCGCUUCACAACCAACUUUCGGUGUUCCCUGUGAUUCUUUCGGCAGCUUAGAUGAAACACCACCUUCUCAACCGCCACCUUUGAGUAGACAGCAGCCAAUAUCUUUACCGUCAACACCUACUGCGCCGAUAUAUAUCCCUUCGACCAUCUCUGGCACAUCCACCAAGUCCGUUUUCGGGUCUCUCAAAAAACUUCAACCUACUUCGCUUGCUGCUUCCCCUACUGAAAUUCUGAGCCCACUGGUACUUUCGUCGCCCGGGACAAGAUCAACACUUGGUUCUAUGGCCAAUUUACACCGACGUGACUCCGUCCAGACUCCCUUGCGUUCAGGAAUAACCGCUACUGAUCUUGAGACAGUUUUAACUAAACUGGAAAGCCCACUCAACGGCAAGGCAUCGGCUUCGUCGCCCACCAGCAACGUGGACCAAGAAACGCUCGAAUCCAAAGCUUUUGCAUUUGCUCGAAGGAGCUUGGUAAUCAAGGAGGCCUUCCAUGAAUGGAGGGAAGGAACCGCUAAUCGUACCAAGUGGAAGGAGGCUUGUCUCCGAAGCGAGGCCUAUAGUCAGCGCGUACACACGGAGCGACUUUCGAAGAGUACUAGCUCAUUGCCACAAGAGAACAAGCGCAAAGUAGUUACGCCAGAACGACCCAGCCCCGUUAGGAAGCGGCUCAGGAAUCGCUUGUCCAGCGAAUACCAGCCACCGGCCAGCGAUGAAGAACUUGUGAAGCGGUUCGAAAAGAAUCGUGAAGAAAACGAACGGCGCUGGGCUCGUGGAUCUUUCCUCCAUGCGCUGCAGCAACACCUGAAGGCCACGUCACGCACCAUUCCAGAAAGUUGGUCUGCCUGGCUGUCCUUGAACCAGGAUAAUGAUGGGACUGCCAUUUGGCUUGAGCUGAAAUUCGAUGUACCGGACUCUGGCAGCUGGAAGGACGCCAAUGUAUUCCAAAUACCAGUGGUGCCGCAGCCACACAACAACAGAGCAUUAUACCCGGGUAUCAUCAUUUUCGAGCGAACCCCGGUUGGUGAGGUUGAAGACCCUCUCGAAAGAAAAUAUCGAAUGCUGGAUGAUUGCUCACGUUUACGAGAUAUUAUCGAGUCGUUACCUCCUGAUCGACAUUUCAUUCCAUCUCUCUUGACGAUAUCUUGGCCUGGCGGGGAGCCCGACUCUUCUUCCGAUUUUAGUGAUAUGAUUGCUGCAAUACUGCACGAUGAAAUCGCGUCUUCCCAUGUUGAUCUAUCAUUGACAUCUACUGCCUUGGACCUUGACUCUAGGUUUCAGUCCGCCUUGCAGUCAGUUAAAGUUGAUACUGAAGGCAAACUCGUGCGGUGGAUGUCUGUACUAGACCUCUUCACGCAGUGGAAACCCAUAUGGCAGACAUUUACUUCCCAGCGAUUAGAGCAAUCCACAAUCAAUGGGGAAUUUGACUGGGGUUUCCUUGGGAGAUUCCUAGAGUUGUGUAUAGAGCUUCUCAACACCAUCUCUGGUGCUGCGCUUCAACUGAUGGGUGGCAGUAUCUUUGGAGAUGUUGAUGUUCUGCCCAACCUGGAGCUGCAACACGUCAGAGACUCAGACUCAAUGUUUGAUGCGGUUUUCCAAUGGCUGGACAAUCCAUCGUUGCAAGAUCCCGGUAGACAUCUCGCAGGUGAUCUGAGAUCGCACCAGGCCCUUGACCGAGAAUUUCCCUCGAUGUCCUUUGUUCAAUAUAUAUAUGACGUCGCUCAGGUGUCGUCGACUCAACGCUUCAGCCCCAAAGCUGUAAACCCCAUCCUCAUACGGAAGACCCGUCUCGAUGCAGUGACAUUGAAAAUAUCAACUGAGCAGGGUUCUUACUCGGAUGAGCUCAAUGCUCUUCAUUCCGUGAAGCUGCGACAGACAUGUAAACGUACUGCAUCAAUUAAUGCGUCAUCCAGCCGGUUUUCCACCCCUGCCAAGCGGAGGAGAUUAUCCGCCUCUGAUGAAUCUAGCGACGGUGGAAGUCCUCCAUUGAGCAUCGCUAGUCCUGCCUACACAUCGCCCUCGAUCAGCAUCACCACAUCUUUACCUCCUGAGGAUAAGUCCACAGUGGUCACAUCCGCUAUGCUUCGUGCUCUUACUAGGGAUAUACGGACCAAGUUUGGCAGUCCCAAAUGACAGACAUAAUAGUCCUUUAUAAAUGAUGUUAUUGCAUAUCUCUGUAUUACUUAUCACUAUAUGUUCCUUCGC